AUGUACAACAAUCGCAGACAUGCCUCAGAUCAUGGUUCCGGCGUGUUCACUGGGAAAACAUCCCACCUGUCGCUAUGGCGUGUGGAAGGAGCGUUCAUGAGCAUGGAUUGUGGUGAUGGGGCGGCAGAGGCAGGAAAAGCCACAGGAAGAGGAGAAGAAGGAUGCAGAGAUCAUGAUGAUAGGCUCAAAGUGCAGUGCAAGUGUGAGCAGCAGCAUCUCAUGAGGAAUAUCGAAUAUGUCGCAAACUGUUACCGCGAUCAGAGGGCGAGGGCGACGGCGAGAAGAACGGGAGAGUGGAAAAAGGUCGCCAAGGUUCUGGACCGAUUCUUCAUGUUUUUGAUCGUAUUCUUUUAUUGUAUUCAAGACCAAAAAGAGGACUGGAGCAUCAUCUUUGAUCCGCCAGAAGUUACUGCAGUUCCAGAAUUAUGUGCUCUCAUUUCAUGUACCUUCACUUACCCAAAUAAUGCAAAACCUAUUAAUAACGUUGCGUGGUAUGUGUGUAAAAACAGUCAAUGUAAGCAUGAAAUCUUCAAGGCGAAAGUGAGUAAAAAUAUUGAAAACAAAUUUGGAGAGAAAGAAACUGAAACUGGACAGAUUAAGAUGCUUGAUCCUGAUCUGACCGAAAACAACUGUAGCAUUAUCAUGAAAAACAUAAAGGCAGAAGAUAAAAAUGAAUAUGCAUUCAGAGUGGAGGGGUCAGAUUCACAUCGAAACACAUAUAAACCCACAGUCAAACUCAUCAUUCAAGAUGAGCCUAUAAUGUACGUUCCUCUUCUCAAUGAAGGAGAGGAGGCCAAUCUGACAUGUUCAGCUCCUUUUCCUUGUCCUGAAACUCCUCCUGUAAUAACAUGGUGGAUCAAGACAAGAGAAGGAAACAUCAUUGAUCUAAAGGACAAAAUCAUCACACUGACCACCUCCAAAAGCAUUUACCUCUUAAAUUUGACCUUAACUCCAACCUCUGACCUGCACAACACCACUGUAGGAUGUGACGUGAGCUACGGAAGCAAAAACAUCAGUACAAGUGGGACCCUUGAAGUCAUGUAUGUAAAGACUCUUCGAAUUCUGGGUAAUGGCAAAGUGAUGGAAGGUGACACUCUCAGCCUGAACUGCUCUGUUGAGAGUCACCCACCAUCAUCUGAUCAUGAAUGGAGUUUCAAUGGAACCACAGAUAUAGUCAUGAACCAAACAUCUGCUGAAUCUUUCACAAUAACUAAUGUGAGAAAGGAGCAUGCUGGGGUUUACGGCUGUAUGAGGACAUAUAGAAACAAGAUACUGAAUGCAUCCAUCACUGUCGUUGUCAUUCGUGAUACAAAUGAAUCGAAAGUGAACGAGUCCUUCAGUCCUGGAAGUGAAAACAUGCCACUGAAUGACACCAGAAAUACUACAGGUAUAGAAGAUUUCUUGAAGAAUUUGGACAUGUCAAAGAUACUCACAUUCGUGGCGGGAAUGGCGUGUUCGGCGCUCAUCUUCUCAGUUGUUUUAUGUUGUUGGGUGUCUUGCCACAGAGGCAAAAAACACAAAGUGCCAACUGCAAAUCCGGACGCUGAAGUCAAUUUGGAGAUGGUGCAGACAGACGUAGCUCAGACUGGAACCAAUGAGGAAACACCUCUUCGUGGACAGCUUAAUGGUGAGAACCCAAACAUGGCUGGACCUACAGAUGAAGCAGAGGUGGACGAAGCAGUCGGGAUGGAUGCAAAAGAGGUCGACUACGCCAGCAUCGACUACUCCCUUCUAAAGGACAGAGCGCCUGAGGAGGGAGAGAAGGAACCUACUGACACAGACUACGCUGAGAUCAAGAGGGACAAGAGAGGAGAUGGGAAGGAAAGGACAGUCCUUCAGGAUGGAGAUGACCAGAUUGAAACACAAGACCAGAUGGAGGGAGAGGAGGAACUUUAUUCUAACUCACAGGAGCUGAAAAGUUAAGGAACUACACCCAACAAUAUUAAAAUUUCUAAGAUCAUUUUUACAUAUUAAGUUCAGAUGCUUAAGAAUGUAUUAUUUU